AUGAGCGUAUUCUCGGUGAGAAGCAGUGGAGCAGCAGUAGGGCGCACCCAGCGGACCUACUGGGUGAGAGGCUCAGAGGGUUGGGCUUUGACUAUCGACCCCGAUACAAACGUCCAGGUGGUCCACGGGUUUUUCCCGGAUGACGAUGACGACAAUGAUCCGGUUUUUCCUGAUGCAGUUGAGAAAUUGGAAUUGUUAGUAUUGAGUGCUCAGCAGAAUUCGAUAGUAGUCUAUGCAGACAUUUGGACUGGGCUUCUAAUGGGAGGGAAUCGAGUGACUAAUUUGUGUUUACAUGUCAGCUGGUUUAUUGAUUUUGGAAUAUAG